AUGCCUGUGACUAGAUCAAGGAAAGGCAAAUCGAAAUCAUCGCAGCCCGCUACACCGCCCAUGACGUCAUCACCGGAACCGACAGCGCAAGACAUGACGUCAUCACAGUCCGCCGUUACCGCGCAGGAGGAACUGAUGCAGUUGGAGCCUCCACCCGUAAUAGACGUCACAGGACAGCACUCGACGGCUUCACCGCGAGCAACGCUCGCGCAUACCGAUUGCGCCCGUCGACUAGCCGAGGCGGAGGCAGAGAUAGCCCGCCUUGAGUUAGAGCUUGCCAUCGCCCGCCGCAAGCUUAUAGAGAUAGAGUCCGAUGAAGAAGAUGACUUGGCAGUCUCAAAACAGGAGCACUGCGACUUACAACCGCAGUUGCCUUCUACCGUAACCGCACCGCAGCCGACGUCAUCGAAGAUAGAUCUCACAGAACUCGCAUCCGCUAUCGCAACAGCAGCGCGCGCCGGACAGCAACAACAGUAUGUGGCAGAAUUGCCGAACUUCAGUGGCGCGCACUAUGAUUGGCUGGCUUUCAAGGCAGCCUAUACAGAAACAGCAAGUUCCUUCAGCGAGUUAGAAAACAUCGCACGACUCCGGCGGUCACUCACAGGAAGAGCAAAGGAAGCCGUGACCUCCUUGCUGAUAGUUAACGCGAAGGCGCAAGAUAUCAUGCGCACAUUAGAGAUGCGCUUUGGCCGGCCGGACUCAAUCGCAUUGUCCGAGAUAGACACUUUGAGAAGCCUGCAGAGACUCACCGACUCGCCGGAACAGAUUUGUGUAUUCGCAAGUAGAAUACAGAACAGCGUAGCGACUCUUCGUAUACUUGGGCGAACACACUACCUCUACAAUCCGGAGAUAGUGUACAGUUUAACCGACAAGCUAACGCCAGCGCUUCGCUACCGCUGGUAUGACUUCGCGUGGGAGCACACGGAGGAGGAACCGGACCUUAUAAAGUUCAGCCGCUUCAUCGAGCGAGAGGCCGAGAAGUGUGCCAAGUUCGCCGCUCCCGAACCGAUCUACAGAGAACACAGCUACCCACAUCGGGAAAUACAGAAUACCCAGCGUGUCUUCCACAUCGAAGAGAAGACAGUACAGAGAUCCUCGUGCCCAGUGUGCGACGGCAACCACCCCGUCACUGAAUGCGGCAAGAUAAGAAAAGCAGCAAGUAGCGAACGCUGGGACAUCGCUAAACAGAACCGCCUUUGCUUCCGCUGCCUUCGUCCCUGGAAUAGAGCACACAGAUGCCCAGGGAUACAAUGUAGAAAACAGCAGCCGUCCUGCUAG